AUCAAAAAACCAAGUCAUAUUUCCUCAUCAUCCAAUGGCUCCUAUUUUUACAAUUCUACCACAAGCCCUUAUUACCAGUCUCUCGUCACUCCCUCCAGCUUUUUUUUUUAUCGUCUUCUCCAAAUUCGUAGAUUCUUUUGUUCUCUCGAGGAUUUUUCUCCUUUUCGCUCUACGAAUGGCGAUUUCUCUCUCGGCAUCAACUAUUCCUUCACUGAAUACGCGAAACACCAGUAAUUUGUCUGUUUAUUCAUCGUUGUCUCCUAAGCAUUUAUUCCCUCUACGGUUUCAGAGGAUUCGAAUCGGGAAGGCUGGGAUUUCCUCCUCGUCGGGGCGUCGAAUUUCACCUGUGGUUGCAGCAAAGAAGCAAACAUUUUCCUCCUUUGAUGAAAUGCUGGCGACUUCUGACAAACCCGUAUUAGUCGAUUUCUACGCUACUUGGUGUGGCCCUUGUCAGUUCAUGGUUCCUAUUCUUAAUGAAGUUAGUGCUGCUCUGAAAGAUACUAUCCAGUUGGUGAAAAUCGACACUGAGAAGUACCCAAGCAUUGCAGAUAAAUACAAGAUAGAGGCAUUGCCUACUUUCAUCAUUUUCAAGGAUGGGAAACCUUGUGAUCGAUUUGAGGGUGCUUUGAAUGCUGAUCAGCUCAUUCAACGCAUUGAAAAAUCGUUAAAGGAGAAGCAAUAGUUGCGUUGAGCCUUGUUACAGAUUCCUUCCUUUUUUCCCUUUUUUUUUAUCAUAAGUCCAUGAGAUUGGAAGUCUCUUUUUGUUUCAUUCUUCCUUCUCUUUUCUCUCCCAUUUCAUCUAGGUCAUUGUUGUAUCAGUCCCCAGAAUUGUAGUUUGAUUUUUUGAGACAAGGAUUACCAGAUACGUUGAACAUUAUUGAUUUAUUGGGGCAUUAGCAAGUCUUUGCUUUUAAAUCCA